AUGAAUAUAGCUCAAUAGUCUGAAGAAACUCAUUAGCCUGAAGUAAAUCAUUAGAUUUAAGAAACUCAUUAGUCUGAAGUAUUUCAAUAGUCUGAAGAAAUUCAAUAGUCUGAAGAAAUUCAAUAAUCUGAAGAAACUCGUUAGUCGGAAUAAGAGGCUUUUAUUAAAAUCACAAAAAAUGUUAGUUAGGUUGGUCUUGAUGAGGAAGGCACAUUUAAAUACAUUUUAGUUUAAUUGACAGGGAAUAAUAAUCAAGAAUUUUAUUUUGUAAGAGGUUUCAAAAAAUAUGGAUAUCAUGCUUAAAACUUUGAACACUUUUGCAACGAAGUUAAAAAUAACUUGAAAUGGUCAGAUUUCAAUUUUGAUUUAGAGGAAGGAAAAAUCAAGUUGCAAUUAGAUGGACAUAAGUUCAAGUUCAAAUGUUUAGGAGGUGGUAGAAUCAAACAUUCAUUUAUUGAAUAAAGUAUAGAAAUAUAUGGAUACUCUUGGUUAUAUGGACAAUGUGAUCAUAAAAUAUCCUUAAAUGCGAUAAAAACAGUUUACCCUUAUUUAGAUUAAAAUGUCAUUACAAGAAACGAUGGUUAUUGA